AUGCAAAAGGAAAUUUAAAAUUAUAUUGGAGAUUUUAGUCUUGAUUAUACGAAUGCUGCUAUCUUUGGCAAAAUGUAAUUGCAAGUGAAUAAAUACUUAAUUCUUAUUACUAAUUCAUAAUGUGUUGGUUAACUAUUAGGACAUGAAAUCUAUUUGAUUAAAUAAUUGGUUUUCUAUCCUUUAUCAGAAAGCGAAGUCAUCCACAAAAACGAUUAAGUCUAUAUUGAGAUGAUCAAAUCCAUAGUGUGUGACGACUCCUGUUAUUACAGUUUGACUUAUAAUCUUACGCAUAGUUUACAACUUAAGAAGAAUAGGAAUCGAUUUGCUAUUAAUCAUAAAUACUUGGAAGAUAUAGAAAAUAAGACUUAUGUAAUCAAUGGAUGUGUGCAAAUCUACAACAAUGCCACACUCACAUUUUGUUAAAUUGUCAGAAGAGAAUGUUUAAGACAAGGUCGAAGAUUUACCCAGAGAGGAUGUGAUUAACAGGGAAAUUGUACUAAUUACACUGAAAUUGAGGAUGUAUAUUAAAUUAACAAAUCCACAUACUCUUUUGUUUAGGUGAGAGGAUCACUGCCUUUCAAGUGGUCUUAAGUACCAUAUUUGAAUCCAAAGCCCAGUAUUGUAAAUUUUACAUUUAAUAUACCUAGUAAAUUGAUAGCAAUUCAGAUAAUAAUAUUGAACUAUGCAAUGCACAUCUCUUUACCCAAAUCUAAUAUUACAGAGAGAUGUUUAUAUUGAAUUUGAUUGAUCGCAAAGGGAAACAACAGAAACUUGGAAAUUAUUUCUAACAAAUCUUGGAGUCUUUCCAGAGAAGAGAAAUUUAAUAUUUUUGGUUUGAUUUUCAUUAAGAAAGAGCCAAUCUCAAUAAAUUGGUAGAUGAAAUUAGUUCAGUCUUGGAAUAAUAUGGUUAUUAUUAAAUAGCUAAUUAAAAUACUAAGCUUAUUUCUGAAUAAAAGGGAGUUUUCAGAGUGAAUUGCAUGUCUUGCAUUGAUAGAACAAAUGUGGUGUAAUAUUUAAUAAGCAAAUUCAUUUUGGAGGAAAUCAUAUAAGAUGCUGGAUUAGAAGAUUCAUUAGAAUCAAUACACAAGAGAAUAUGGAUCAAUUCAGGAAAUCAAUUAAGUAAAUUAUAUUCAGGUACUAAUUCACUGAAGAAUGAUUAUAUCAAAUAUGGUAAAUAAACUAAGAGUGGGAUGAUUGUUGAUGCAACAUUAUCAACUAGAAGAUACUUCUUAAAUCAUUUUAAUGAUUAUCACAUUCAAAAUAGCAUUGAUUUGACACUUGGUUUAUGGGAUAUGAACGAUUCUCGAUUUCACAAUUACAAAUUUGAAAAUUCUCUUCAAAAAUGUAUUCUUAUAGUAUUUAAUGAUAACUAUUAAUUAGUUUUUUUUGAUGAUGUUUGUGUUCAAUUUUUUAAAUUUGGGUAUUCUAAGUCCAGCUUUGUCAUUUUUAGUACUAAAUUACUUUCCAUAGAUAUAUUAAGUAAGAUCAAUACUAACAUAAUGAUG